AUGGCGCCCAUCCAGCGUCGCGCAUCGGAAAUCUCCCCUCAGGCCUAUAUCGCAAUCAUCUCUUUGGUCGCUCUUUUUGUCUGCGGCAUCUUCUGCUGUAUCGUUUUCUACAAGGUGUGCAGUAAACAGCGGAAGCGCGAAAAAGCCAUGCGCAGGAUGCAGGAAGAGCGGACACCGUUUGUUGGGGCUCAGUAUAUGGCACCUGUAGGCGCACAGAGUAAGCAGCAGUCGCCCCCGUAUGUUCACCCAUCAAGUCCUCAAGAGUUGAACACGUAUCGGUACGAUGGACCGUUGGAACUGCAGGGUAGUGGAAGACCAGGCCCUCCACCUGUUCACCAGAUUGACGGGUAUACGGCAGCGCCGUCGUUCGAUGACAAGGCUAUCGAAAUGCCUGCUUAUGCUGCAGUGAAAGGGACGAACAACGGAUAUGGAGCACCGAGGUGA